AUGGCUUUCAAGCACUACACCUUUUUCUCUCAUGUCUUUUUAGCAAUAGCCAUCCUCCUCCUCGCUAGCCACGCUCAUGGCGCUGGCCUAUGCGACAAUGCUAAAAAUAAGCCCUACUGCAAUGCAAUUGUUCGUAAUCGGACUGACGCUAAUGAUGCCUUGGUUACGUCCAUUAAAAAAUUGGUUUACGAGACCAAAGCGGCAAAGAUGUUGGCUCAAAAGCAGGCCAAGUCCCCCGAAAUUGAUGACUGCAUAACUGCCUUUGAGGGUUCCAUUGACAACCUCAAAGAUGCCUUGGGAAGCCUCCCGAGCCAUGACUUGGAUGGCCUGAAUAGCUACAUCUCGGCCGCCCAGACCAACUACGGGACAUGCGAUGACGGGUUCUCGGAUUCUGGCAAGACCAAUCCCAUUGCCAAAACUACUGCGUUCUUAGGCGAAAUGGCUAGCGUCAGUUUGUAUCUAUCAACUUUAAUUACAUGA